UGUCAUGUUAAUUGAGUAAGUAAUUAACGGAGUAAUUAAGACGUCUGAGCCUAGAGAAUUUUGCAUUGAAGGAAUUCGGUCGUGGAAAUGAUGGUUAAGUUUUUAGUUCUGCUCCUCGUGCUGGUCGCACGCGGCGCCCGUGGCUGUAGGCUGGUCAGCAGGGUCAAGGUCACUGAGACUCAUCCUGUUCCAGCACAUUCUCUGGAGACGCACACCACCCCUCCAAGACACCAAAACAAUCCCGGCACCCUUCUCACGCCAACCGCUGGAUUCGAACCCAUAUCAACCGAGUGCGGCACUAUGAAAGCUGAUUUGUUUGGAGCCAUUAUGGGCGGGCAUGAUGCCCCAGAACUUAGCUGGCCAUGGCAGGGUUUGAUACGGAGACGGGACGGGUUCUGUGGGGGAGCACUGAUCUCCGACCAGUGGGUUCUAACGGCUGCUCACUGUCUUGUAGGCGCACGUGAGGUUGUAUUUGGAACGCAUCAUCUGCGUGGAGAUUCUACGCAUGCGCAAACGCGAAGGCCUUUGAUAUCACUGUUCCCGUAUACAUACAACGCAGUGAGUAAAGUCGGGGACAUUGGUUUGAUAAAACUCAACGCUAAAGUAGAGUUUAACGAUUACAUAAAGCCAGUUUGUUUGCCUGGUGAUGAGGAUGGUAUGGAGAAGUCGGAAGUUUGUUACAUGACAGGAUGGGGCGUUCAGACUCCCGAUGGCUGGAGAGGCGCAGACGUUCUUCAACAGAUCAGAGCCCGCCAGAUGAACCAAACAACCUGCGGCGGAAGUUGGGCUCGACUGGGCAUGCGCAUCCAGGACACGCAUGUGUGCAUGGAGUUUUACCAAUCAUACGGGGGGUGUCGCGGUGAUUCCGGUAACGCUGUCAGCUGUUUCAUCAACGGCCGUUUUGUUGUAGUCGGUGUGGCGGGUUUUGUGGAGAGUGGCUGCACCAAAAGUUCCGCCCCUGACGUCUACACACGGGUCUCAAACUACACAGACUGGGUCCACGAGAGUAUCAGAAGAAACUCCAAACAUCUGUCAGCACUGACACUACCUGCUGACCUCUGCUUGCCGAGAACGGAGAAAGUCUGCAAGAUGGUGGAGAAGUCCCGUACCUUUCUCGCCGACUACAGAUCCGAGUACCAGCUAGCCCGCUGGCCUGCCAGGCACCAAGCCGAUCUGGACGUCAAUUUCUCCAACCGGAACCAGACGCCGGCCAUCGACGUCGAGUGCGGCACAAUGGCAGCGGAUCCUGACAGUGCCGUCAUCAAUGGGGUGGAGGCGGGUCUGAAAUCCUGGCCGUGGCAGGUGUUCCUGAAAGGAAAAAGAUUCUGGUGCGGCGGGGUGCUGAUCACGGAUGUUUGGGUUGUCACGGCCGCGCAUUGUUUCGACACCACGCAGGAUAUUAUUCUAGGGACCAAGAACUUCCAAGCGUGGAGCACGACUGUCUUACACAGGUCCGCAAUAAUCGAGGUCGUUCACCCCGGGUACAGCAAGAACACAAAAGAGCACGAUAUCGGGCUCAUCAAGAUGAACGAACCGGUGACGAUCAACGAUGACGUCAGACCAGCGUGCCUGCCGCGUCAGGUCUACAACCCGCGUCACGUGUGUUACGCAACAGGUUGGGGGUAUUCCGCCCCCGACGGGAACUCCAUGACCCUCAUGCUACAGCAGCUCAAGACCGAAGUUCUCCCUCAGAGAGAAUGCGAGUUUCUGUGGAGCUUCUUCGACAUAUCUAUCCAGACAGGACACAUGUGCUUGCAGUUUAACACCACGUCCCCGGGGGCGGGGGUGUGUAAAGGGGACUCAGGGGGUCCCCUCAGUUGUAAGGAAAACGGGAGGUAUUAUGUGCAUGGUGUGGCCAGUUUCGUCGAGAAAGGUUGCAGAAAAAUAAUUUUUCCCGAUGUCUUCACGCGUGUGGCUAGCUACACAGACUGGAUUUUGAAAACGAUACAAGAAAAUAGUUUCCACUUUACUUAUCCAGAUCCCGACACAUAUCUAGAUCCAGAUCAAGAUCAAGAUCUAGACAAAGAUCCACACAAAGAUCCAGAUCAAGACCCAGAUCAAGAUCAAUAUCUAGACCAAGAUCUAGACCCAGAUCCAGAUCAAGAUGAAGAUCAAGUUAGGAUUAAGAUCAAGAUCAAAAUCCAGAUCCAGAUGCAGAUCCAGUUGCAGAUGCAUUUCCAGAUUAUCUUAGCAGCUUCGUCCCAGGAAACGCCAUCCUCUUUCGCACAAGAUAGUUAUCCAUCGGGCCUUCUUAACUCCGUGGACAGUUUUCAAUUGAAGAUGUCACCACAUAUAUUCUCAGCUCUAUUUCUUGCACUGCUGACAUGCCUUCCCCACCUGAGCUACGCCUGCUGUAGAUUCAUGUUCACCAAACCUUGCACCCUCACCGCCAAAAAGCAGUUCCCUCUAGAACUUUACCAAUCCGUCUACAAAGCCUUCCGCGGCAAGAAUCCUCCGUUCCCCGGCCUUAUGUACGCCAAACCCGAAGCCUUGCUUGCCCACGAAUGCGGCCUGCCCGCCCAUGACGUCUCCAACAUGAUCAUCAACGGGAAAGACGCACCGGUAGACGCUUGGCCUUGGCAGGUAGCGAUCUUCGUUCAAAGCUCUAAAAUUUGUGGCGGAACCGUGCUGUCGGAUUUAUGGGUGGUCACGGCGGCUCAUUGUAUUCUCCAAAACCCAGUCACGUUGCUAUUCGGGGUCAGACAACUGAACAAAACGGUGAACGACUCCAUCUACACCACAGCGCGGACCAGCGAGUACAUCGUCAGACACGAAGCGUACAACUCCGAGUCGUUCCGUCACGACAUCGCGCUGAUCAAGCUUAACGAAUCCCUGCAAUUCUCAGACUCCGUCCUCCCUAUCUGUCUGUCGGAGCACGUCUCCACCGAAUCGGCGACCUGUUACGUCACGGGGUUCGGAUCCACCGUGGAACUCAACCUCCCCGUGGUGCUACCCCCGACCCUACAGCAGCUACGUGUGGGGGUGAUGAACCAAACGAUGUGUGACUUCAUCUACCGCGCGGCUGCCGUCUACAUGGACAGCGACAGCGUGUGCUUAGACACCGAGCCCGGCCAGGCUGUUUGUGUUGGGGAUUCCGGCGGGCCGCUCAGCUGUUUGCACGAUGGUCGGUUCUAUCUUGUGGGCGUCACCAGCUUUGUGAAGGACAGCUGCAACAAUGGCGCCUUCCCCGCUGUCUACGUGUCUAUCAAAUCCUAUUUAGACUGGCUCUACCAUACUGUCGCUCUUGACAGCUAUCUGAGUUGACACAAUAGCGUCUCCUUUUGAGUAUAAACUCAUU